AUGGGCAUGGACUAUGACUCGGAAACACCCCUCCUGGGAUCACCACGGUUCAGUGACUUUGAGUCGCUGGGACUGCUAGGCUCUCCCAUCGCCGGUCUCCCUCACAACCAACGUGUGGGUGUAAACUGGCGCCGUAUGCGUCCCUCUCUUCGCAUGGUCGCCAUCGGCACCAUCUCGGUUGCCUUCUUCCUGUUCGGCUUCAUCGUGCACGGCCCCGCCCUUCCGCGCGUCAGUGUCCGGUUGCAUGUGCCAUCGAACGCACCCCAAGCCAAUGCGCACGAUGCGGUGCGCGUGCGCGUGCUGCAGCAACUCAUGAAAGAGAGGUAUCCUGCCGGGCCAUGGACACAUUCGCGUGCCGACAACUUCCCUGCUCUCGCAAAGCUUGCCGACUGUCUCGAAGCUGGGACAUGCGAUGAGAACGAGAAAAAGGUCGUCAUCCUCACGAGCUACCACUUUGGCGGUGCCGAGUUGGGCGGAAACGGCGGCGAGGAGGUGUGGGCUCGGUCUACCAUUUCGGCGCUGAGGCAACUCAACUACACCAUUCUCUUCUGCUGGGGCCACAUGGACACCCUCAUGAUCUACCAGCACAUCCCCGACAUGGUGCCCGUGGUCCUCUGGGAGCCUGGAGAGUUCCACCACUGCAUGGAGCGCAACGACGAAAACUACCUCGAGAUGGAGGGCUACGAGACCCAGUCGAGCGGCGCCUGGCAGACGGGCAAGAAGGGCUGUCUCCAAAGGGCCGACUUCCCCGAGGGCAUUCCAUACUGGAAGAGCUUCAUGUUCAACUUCUGGAUGCACCAUGGCCACCCGCUCGGCGGCGGGUGGGUCAUGGCUCCCGAAGACUAUGCGUCGUUUACCGAUUUCAAGGACCGUAGAUACCUCGGCUAUUCGAUUGAGGAACAGUGCACUCUGGCGCCAACAUACCACUUGCGCGAGCACCGCGGUAUGAUCCUCGCCAAGGAGCUGCGGUACUUCGAAGAAGAGGAGAACAGCAUGUUCGGUAUCCUCGGAGCGGCCCGCGAGUCAGUGCCGCCCGUCGAGGUCCACGGCCAUUUGGCCCACUUUGACCUCGUCUCCACUGCCGGUGACGAGAAGGGCGCCGCCAUGCCCGAGGGCAUCAUCUCCACGGGCCGCAUGCCACAGGAGGAGUGGCACCAGCUGCUCGCCCGCUCCAAAAUGCUCGUCGGGAUUGGCCACCCCGAGCUCUCGCCGUCGCCGUACGACGCGCUCUGUCUCGGCGUGCCAUUCAUCAACAGUGUCCGCGAAUGGGAUGAAAACGACCCUACCAACCGCGAAAAGUGGCAGACCCAGCAGGACGGCCUCAAGCUGUUCGACGAGCCCGCGCGGCUGCCCACCAGAUCGACCGCUUCAUUCGUGAGCUUUACCCUUGUUCGCCACCGCGAGUGGAUCGAAGAGGACUGGCUCGUCAAGGCCAAGGCGCUUGUCGCAGAACGUUACCAGGACCAGGAAGAGUACGCGCACCUCGCGAUGGAGAUGCCUCCCGUCGGGCGCUGGGGCUAUACCGACCCAGCAGAGCACGAGGAGCUGUGA